UCCGUGAACUCACCCUGAUCGAUCCCACGUAGCUUGUCCCAACUGCAUCGAGUCAAAAUGGUCGCCGACGCUGUCGUAUACCACCCCGCGGUCUCCCACUACCUUAAAUAUGUCGGCACAACAGUUGGCCGCGACAAGCUCCUCCGCACCCUCCAAUUCUUCUCCCGCUUCCUCUCCUGGUACCUCUUCCGCACCAACCACCCGACCUCGACGAUUGCGCCCUUCGAUGCCAUCAAGAAGCAGUUCGGUCUGACGCGCAAGAUCCUGCGCAUCGGCAAGUUCGUCGAGCACUUCCGCGCCGCGGCGCAGGCGUCCGACGCGAAGAACAUGGAUCCCGUGCUGCGGUAUUGCGCGGUGGGACGGCAGUUGGGGUAUGGGGGGUAUAUGCUGUUGGAUAAUUUGACGGUGGUUGAUGCCGCGGGGAUCAGGUCGUAUUCCGCCGCAAAGAGGCUCCAGAGGGAGGCAUACAAGUUCUGGAUCGCCGGUCUGGUGUUCAACACCACCGCUGGGCUUUACACUCUCUAUCAGUUGAAGCAGCGAGCCGCGGCGGUGGACAAGAAGGAUGGUGAGGGUGUGGUGGAGAGCAAGAAACUCGAGCGGGAACGCACCGCGACGACGAUGCAGCUCGUCUCCGAUCUGUGCGACUUGACCGUGCCAUCGACGGCGCUUGGAUACGCCGGAUUUGACGAUGGAUUCAUCGGCCUGGCCGGGACCGUGAGCUCGCUUUUGGGGGUGUACUCAGUGUGGAAGAAGACCGCUUAGGGGGGUGGAGAACGAACGACAGUUCGAACCUUAUCAUCUUUUUGGGCCAUGUCUUUGAAAGCGAUAGUGAGCAAUGUCAAAUUAAGUACUGCCUUAUGGACGUAGGCGGUAGCAAGUCAGUUAUGUAUUAGAUGUUCCGGAUAGGCUCCGCUGAGAGGGUGUCAGGCGGAUUAUCCAAACUUCGCAUUUUCAUAUCAAAGCCGAAAAUAUAUUCCUACCUCU